AUGGAGAAAUCUCGCCUGCGCGUGAUUAUAUGGAAUGAAUUCAAACGCGGAAAUACUGCGGCAGAAACCUUCAGAAUCAUAAACGAAAAUGAGGGUAAGAAUGUUGUGAGUUAUUCUACGGUGACCAGAUGGUUCGCAAAGUUUCGUGUGGACGAUGAGAAGCUUGAAGACAAACCACGUGCAGGAAGACCCAGCAAACUUGACAAAGAUGCCCUGAGGCGCAAGAUUGAAGAUGACCCACAUAUUACAAUCCGGGAGUUAGAAGAGUUACUAAACUGUGGAAAAAGUACCAUUGAUGAUCAUUUGAAGGCAAUGGGUAUGGUCAAAAAGUUGGACAAAUGGGUGCCUCACAAUUUGACUGAUCUGGAAAAAGCCAAGAGACGGUGUGCUUCCGAAAAGCUUCUGCAACGCUGCAAAAACGGAGAAUUCUUGGAUCGAAUUGUAACUAUUGACGAGAAGUGGAUCUCGUUUAACAAUACUAGAAGAUCUACAAGUUGGUGUAAGCGUGGAGAAGCUCCUAAGCCCGUUCCGAAGCCAGAAUUGCACGAAAAGAAGCUUAUGGUGACUGUCUGGUGGUGUAGCUCUGGAGUGAUCCAGUACGAUUUCAUGAAACCUGGCCAAAGUAUUACGGCCGACACCUACUGUGCCCAGAUUGACAAACUGCGACACAAUCUUCCAACAAUGGUCAGAAGGAGGGGUCCGAUCAUUUUGCAGGAUAACGCACGGCCCCAUGCUGCAAAGAAGACCGUGGCAAAAUUCAGGGAACUGGGAUACGAAGUCUUGGAGCACCCUCCUUAUUCUCCAGACUUGGCUCCAACGGACUUUCACCUUUUUAAACACUUGUCUUCGUUUCUUAAUGGAAGAAUCUUCAAAACUCCGGACGAUGCCAAGAAUGCCUUCAAGAACUUCAUCAACUCCAGAAACCCGGAAUUCUACAAUCGUGGAAUAAAAAAGCUUGUAAAUCGUUGGCAAGACUGUAUUGAUUCAGACGGUAAUUACUUUGAUUGA